AUGGGGGGCCGGGCAUCCCCGGUGUUCCCGGCAUCCCCGGUUCUCCUCCUCUUUCUUCUCCCCACCGUCCCGGCCAACGCCGACGAGCUGGUGGUCCCCACUGCCAGUGGUCCGGUGAGAGGUAUCCGUCUACCGGCCGGCACCGACCACGUCAUCGCCUUUUUGGGGAUCCCUUAUGCCGAACCCCCAUUGGGUCAUCUUCGUUUCCAACCCCCUCGUCCGGCAAGAUCUUGGCGCGGGGUGUUGGAUGCUUCUUCCCACCGUCACGCUUGUUACCAGGCGGUGGACACCAUGUUCCCCGGUUUUGGUGGUUCCGAGAUGUGGAACCCCAACCGGGAGAUGAGUGAAGAUUGUCUCUACCUCAACAUUUGGGUACCGGCUCCUCGACCUUCCACCACCGUCCCCGUCUUGGUUUGGAUCUACGGCGGUGGCUUCUACAGCGGAGCCGCCUCCUUGGAUGUCUACGACGGACGCUACCUCGCCGCCGCCGAAGGGGUGGUGGUGGUCUCCAUGAACUACCGGGUCGGCGCUUUGGGGUUCUUGGCUUUACCGGGACACCCGGAAGCGCCGGGUAACGUCGGGUUGUUGGAUCAACGGUUGGCUUUGAGAUGGGUUCAAAGCAACAUCGGCGCCUUCGGCGGAGACGCUGGCGCCGUCACCCUCUUUGGGGAAAGCGCCGGUGCCGCCUCCGUCGGUUUGCACUUGUUGUCCGCCACCAGCCGUCCCCUCUUUCGCCGAGCCGUCCUACAAAGCGGGUCCCCCAAUGGUCCUUGGGCCACCGUGGGGGCGGCGGAGGGACGACGGAGAGCGGCCACCUUGGGCAAACUGGUGGGAUGCGGCGGCGGCAGCGGCGGCACCAUCGCCAACGAGACGGAGCUGUUAGGUUGUCUCCGAGGCAAGACGCCGCCGGAGUUGGUAGAGCAAGAGGCGGCAGUGUUGCCUCAACAAGGGGUCUUCCGCUUCGCCUUCGUGCCGGUGGUGGACGGAGACUUCUUGGUGGACACCCCCGAAGCCUUGUUGGGGGCCAGCGGUCGCCCCGAGGCCGAGGUGCUUCUGGGAGCCGUCCAAGACGAAGGCACCUACUUCUUGGUCUACGGGGUGCCGGGUUUUGGGAAAGAUAACGAGAGUUUAAUUAGCCGGGAGGAGUUUUUGGGGGGGGUGAGGUUGGGGGUGCCCCAAGCCAACGAGCUGGCGGCGGAGGCGGUGGUCUUGCAGUACACCGACUGGUUGGACCAAGAUAACCCCGUGAAGAACCGGGAGGCGUUGGACGACAUCGUGGGGGACCACAACGUGGUGUGUCCCCUGAUGCACUUCGCCCAGCGGUGGGCGGAGCGGGGCGGCACGGUCUUCGCUUACCUCUUCGACCAUCGAGCGUCCAACCUGCUGUGGCCGCCUUGGAUGGGGGUCCCUCACGGCUACGAGAUCGAGUUCGUCUUCGGGCAACCCCUCAACCCCAGCCUCAACUACACGGCCGAGGAGGAGCAGCUCAGCCGCAGGAUCAUGCGCUACUGGGGCAACUUUGCGCGCACUGGGGACCCCAACGAGCCGUCGGAGCGGGAGCGGCGCUGGCCGUCGUACACG